UAAAACCUUUUAAAAGUUGAUCAAACUUUUUUGGAGUUGGAUCUGCUGUCAUGGCUUUGGGGGGACACUGCUCCUUUUGCUGGUGGGUUUGGGGAUUCACUCUGGUAUAUCUCUUCCAGCCUUGCAACAGUCAGCAUGAUCGAGGAAUUUCCAUCCCUGAGCAUGGCUUCUGCCAGCCCAUCUCCAUCCCCCUGUGCACUGACAUUGCCUACAACCAGACCAUCAUGCCCAACCUGCUGGGGCACACCACCCAGGAGGAUGCCGGGCUCGAGGUGCACCAAUUUUAUCCUCUGGUCAAAGUCCAAUGCUCCUUGGACCUUAAGUUCUUCCUGUGCUCCAUGUACGCACCGGUCUGCACCGUUCUAGACCAGGCAAUCCCUCCCUGCAGAUCUCUGUGUGAGCGGGCUCGGCAGGGCUGCGAGGCACUCAUGAACAAAUUUGGAUUCCAGUGGCCUGAGAGACUGCGCUGUGAGAACUUUCCCAUCCAUGGUGCAGGAGAGAUCUGCGUCGGUCAAAACACCACCGAAACCGAGGGCCCGAACUCGGACCCCACCCCAAGUCUUUCUGAGCUUGUGACCUUUCCUCCAUACAUUUGGGGCAACCAGCCUUUCUUCUGCCCCCUGCAGCUCCAGGUGCCAUCCUACCUUAAUUAUCACUUCCUCGGAGUGAAGGACUGUGGCUCCCCCUGUGAGCCCUCCAAACCCAAUGGGUUGAUGUAUUUCCAAGAGGAUGAGCUAAAGUUUGGGCGGCUCUGGGUUGGAACCUGGUCUAUUCUAUGUUGUGUCAGCACCCUUUUCACUGUCCUCACCUAUCUGGUGGACAUGAAGCGGUUCCGAUACCCAGAGAGACCAAUCAUCUUCCUGUCAGGCUGCUAUUUCAUGGUGGCGGUGGCGUACAGCGCUGGCUUCCUGCUGGAGGACCAAGUAGUGUGUGUGGAUAGGUUUAAAGAGGAUGGCUACAAGCUGGUGGCUCAAGGCACCAAGAAGGAGGGUUGCACCAUCCUGUUCAUGAUCCUCUACUUCUUCGGCAUGGCGAGCUCUGUGUGGUGGGUGGUCCUUUCUCUCACUUGGUUCCUGUCUGCUGGGAUGAAAUGGGGUCACGAGGCUAUCGAAGCAAACUCGCAGUACUUCCACCUGGCAGCCUGGGCGGUGCCAGCGGUGAAGACCAUCACCAUCCUGGCUACGGGACAGGUGGACGGUGACCUGCUCACUGGUGUCUGCUACGUGGGGAUCUACAGCGUGGAUGCACUGCGUGGUUUCGUGCUGGCGCCUCUGUUUGUCUACCUCUUCAUCGGAACUUCUUUCCUGCUGGCUGGCUUUGUAUCACUCUUCCGUAUCCGCACCAUCAUGAAGCAUGACGGCACAAAGACCGAGAAGCUCGAAAAGUUGAUGGUGCGAAUUGGUGUGUUUAGUGUGCUGUACACAGUGCCUGCCACCAUUGUCAUCGCCUGCCAUUUCUAUGAGCAGGCCUUCAGAUCGCAGUGGGAGGUAACCUGGCACAUGCAGACCUGCAAGCACUUUGCUGUGCCAUGCCCAGCAUCAAACUUUGCAUCAAACACGCCAGACUUCACCGUCUUUAUGAUCAAGUACUUGAUGACCCUUAUUGUGGGCAUAACAUCAGGGUUCUGGAUCUGGUCAGGGAAAACUCUACAGUCGUGGCGUCGUUUUUAUCAAAGACUGAUCAAUAGUAGCCAGGGAGAAACCACCGUGUAGUACCGAAGAAAUUAAAAACCUCUAACAGCCUGAGGUUGAUAGAUUACUUGAGUUAAAGGAGACAUUAGUUUAGUGCUCAGUGGAUCUUUGAGUGUUUUGGAUCUCAGUGUACAUACAUGUAAGAAACUGUGUCAUAAAAUAGAAAAAAACUUCCUGAAAAUCUGACGUCCACUUCAUCUUUUUAACUUUUCAGACUCAAACUGGA